CAAAUCGAUCGAUCGAUCGAUCGGGUAAGGCUUUUCAUAGCUCUCCCCACUUUCCUUGUACUUGAGAUUCCAUUAAUUAUGGAACUCUGAUUUUUGGAUCUUGGCGCUACUCCUUUUUCCGGUGAUUUAGGGUUUUGCAGAAUUGUGGAUUUGUGAAAACAAAUUGCACAGUGGUUUUCGUUUUCUUGUUUCGGUUGAUUUAAAGCCCAGUUGAUGGCAACUGAAAAUGAAGUUGAAGAAAUUGACAGCUUGGAGAGAGGUCUAUUGUCCCGUGCUGGUUCUCAGGAGGAGCUGGUAACGGAGGCAGAAGAAGAAACGGUCCUGUAUACGGCGUCGUUCCAGGAGAUGGAAGAGAAUUUUGUCAAGUAUCAGACUGCUCAGUGGGUUCUCUACUCCUUGCUUCUGAUACUGGCCUGGGGAAUCGGCUUUUUCAUGCUUCUUUAUCUACCUGUGCGGAGAUAUAUACUCCGGAAAGAUAUCCGCUCCAGAAAGCUCUAUCUGACUCAAAACUCCAUAGUAUAUAAAGUCACAAAGCCGGUACCAUUUCCAUGCUUUGGAGUGUUGAAGAAAGAGAAGCAUGUCUUGUUACCUUCAGUUGCCGACCUUGUCAUUGAACAAGGAUAUUUGCAAUCCCUCUUUGGUGUCUACUCUCUUAGAAUUGAAAAUGCUGGUGUAAGACGGCCUCCAAGUGAUGAUGUUCAAAUCCAGGGAGUUGCAGAUCCAAGCGCUUUCAGAAAGGCUGUUCUUAUUCAUCUCGCGAAUAUGAGAAGUGAGGUUUUCUCUAGACCGGUUUCCACAAUUGAAGACACUCCCAAUCUAAGGGGGUCCCCAUCAAAAUCUUUAAGGCACGAUUCUUUUCCUCAUUUUGGGGAGCAAGUACUACUACAAAAACUGGAGGAGGUUGGAAAUUCAGUGAAGAGAAUUCAAACCUUAAUUGAGGACCAGCAGUCUCAAACAUCAGAACCAAUAGAUUGAGGAUUCAAAGUGACGCGUAAUAUCGUAUCGGGUCUUUUAAACUGUGAACACAUUUUUGUAUUUGCUCCUCUGAGCUACCAUUAGAGGAGUGAUAUCUUAGACCCUACAAUAGUUGUUUGAUUUCAAUUGAGUUGCAUUUGUUUCCAUGUGUAUGUUUAUGGGAAGGGCUGGACUAGUCUUACCAACUAGAUGAUCAUUAGGUUUUAUGUUAUCAUUGACAAGCUGAAAUGUUACCUUUUCCAUAUAUCUUAAAUCAUCCAUUGAGAGGUCUCUGAAUGUUUUUAUGCACUUUUAUUAUUAUUUAUUCUUUUAAAUCUCGGCUACCUUCUAAAAUCCUUGGAGAUUGUGUUGUGUCCAACUUAUGUUCUAUACUUUGAUGCUUUCAAUCCCACUAAGAGCAAUGCCGAAUGUGGAAGCUGUAAUUUUGUCAAAAACUGCUGAUUCGUAUAGAGCCAUCGAACCGGCCCUAC